CCCCUGCUCUCCUGGUGUCUGCUGUCGCGCUGGUGGUGGUGGUGGCGGCAGCUGGUGGUGGCGCUGGUGCGGCCGAGGCCGAGGUGGCGGGCAGCAAGGCUAUGCUCCCAGAGGGCAGCCAGUCAGGGCCUGAGCCCGAAGUGGAAGGCGGAGCAGAGACUGCGGGGAACUGCUUCUAUGUCAGCAUGCCGGCCGGACCCCCGGACUCCAGCACCGAGCCCUCCCAUCCCAAGAGCCUCCCUGCCUGGCGGCUUCGGGGAGCCAGUGGAAGUCACAGGCGCCCUCGCCACUCCCAGCCCAGCCUGGCCCUCAGGGACGUGGGCAGCAUCUUCCGCACCAUCGAGCAGCUCACGGUCAAGCUCAACAGGCUGAAGGACAUGGAGCUGGCCCACAGAGAGCUGCUCAGGUCCCUCGCGGGAGAGGCAUCGGGCGGCACCACACCUGUGGGCGGUUUCCCCACGGAGGCGGCUAGAUGGACAGACGGUUCCCUGUCACCUCCGGCCAGGGAAGUCCUGGCCUGCGACUCCAGGGACGGCCACCAGCCAGGGCCGUGCUCAGAGGAUGGCUCUGACGCCCCCCCGGAAGACAGCAUGGCGCCCGCGGCCUCGUCCCCAGGACUGUAACCGCCCACUCGUGCUCUGGGGACCGGCCCGAGGCAGGGGCACACGGCAAUGGGAGCCCAGACCUCCUUCCCGCGGUGGAGGCCGUGGAGAACAGGUCUAGCUGAGACCCCCGGGGGCGCCCCGCAUGUUGCUUGGUCUGCUCAGGUCCUGGUCAAGUGUCAGUGUCUCCCCCUCCCUCCAGCCGCCCCCCAAGGCCUCUCCUGAGCACGCUGACUGCAUCUGAAAGGCCCCCCCAGACACACAGGUGAAAGGAGGAGUCUCUGUGUAAAUGCACUUUCUUCCUCCCUCCCCUCUUCACCGGACCCUGGGGCUGAGGUGGGCACCCCGCUUCUCCCCUCGUAGUCACUUCGGUUUCCUAUAAAUACGUACGUGCUGUAUGUGCGUCUCGCUUUGUAAAUAACUUUGACCUGUUUUGUUUCUGUUCCUCGGGGGCCGGAGGCAGGCCCAGAGGGACAGCUCGCAUCUCCUAGUUAACAGGCCAGCUCCUGGGUCAGGGCCCGAGGGGGGAGCCAGACCUGAGCACCCGGGUCCCUGUGAGCGGGAGGGUGUCCCAGCCCACGUGGCUGAGAGCCCAGUCUCUGUGGCCUGAGCAGAGAGCUUCUCCCCGCUCCUAGGACUUGUCCUCUUCUGGGAGUUCCUGACCCUACCUCUGUCCACCCUUCCCCACCCGCUCCCUAGAGAAAAACCAGUGUAUCCGGUACGGCCCUAAAACCAGGCCCAGGAGGUGGGGCAGGGGGUGUGAAUGCUGGAGUCCCCGCAUUAGCCCAGGACCGUCGCCGGGGGCCACGGCAGCAUCGGUCGCUCACCCCAUGCCAGCCCCCUCCCCGCGGACCGACAGAAUAGACACACUGUGCUAGGUGUAUAUAUACAUAUAUAUAUAAAUAUAUAUAUAAUAUAUAAAAUAUA